GGCUUUUGGCUUUUGCCUUUUGGCCCCGAGGGCGUUCGGCAUCCCCAAUUUCUGUUGCGUAACUUGCGUUGACGGAAAAAGAAGAUGGCGACCAGCCGAGAACCGGAGAUUAAUUCGUGUCCCAUGGCGGCGGAAGAGGGAGAGGCGGCGGAGGACCUGAUCGAGAUCCUGGAGGCCUCGUCGACGCCGAUCGACCUCGCACGGUAUGUGAACCACGUUCGCGACCCCGCCGCCGGAGCCAUCGCCACCUUCGAGGGCACCACCCGCCACACCUUCGAGGGGAAACGCGUCCUGGAGCUCCGCUACGAGGCCUACCUCCCCAUGGCGCUCCGGCGCCUGCGGGCCAUCUGCUCGGGCGCCCGCGCCGCCUGGUCCCUCCGCCGCCUCGCCGUCGCCCACCGCCUCGGCACCGUCCCCGUCGGCGAGGCCAGCGUCUUCGUGGCAGCAUCGGCGGUGCACCGGGCGGACGCGCUCGAGGCGUGCCGCUUCCUCAUCGACGAGGUGAAGGCGUCGGUACCCAUCUGGAAGAAGGAGGUCUACGCCAACGGCGAGGUCUGGAAGGAGAACAGGGAGUUCCUUCAGAGAAGGAACGCCUUGGCCUUGGCCACCUCUUCCUGCUGCUGCACCACCAAGGUCAGGAUGGACGGCGACGACGCUGCGGCAGCCGACGAUGGUGGGUCGGGGGCGGAUGAGGAAAAAGUCCCAGCCGUAUGAUGUUCUGUUCUCCCUCCUCGAUCCGUUAGGAUAACGCGCAUCCCGUCCAGAAUAAGAGAGCAGAUGGUGCGGCCCUCUUGGUUCUUUCCCCUUUUUUUUCUUACCAAAUUAUCAUGUGCUCGGAGAGGCUAGUGGGUUUCACCUUCAUGGUAUAAGGUGUGGCAAGUUUCGACGAAUUCAUUCAAUCGCAUCGUGGUUUCGAAAUUUUACCAACCUUA